GGGAAGGUAUAUAUAGAGGGAGGUCAGGGGCUCUAGGGUAUACCAGUUUAUAGCUUUAUCAUGACUAAGGUGAUCAGAAAACCACAGAAUCCUAGGACAGUUAUUGUACAAUUGACCUCGAGGACCAAAGGGAAGAAGAAGAGAAAGAUUCUCUGUCAACCAAGGUUCAUAGAUAGUGUGGAGGUCCCAAAGGCAAAAAUGAUGGCAAAAAGUUCCCUUCAGGGGAGUUCAAUUAAAAAAUCUCAAACAUCUACCAACCAUUCAAAAAAGCUUAAAAAAGCAAGAUCAACAAUAUGUGUUUAUUACCAUAAGCUAAAUAAGAAAUGGAGUCAAACUAAGAGACAGAAUCAAAAUAAGAGACAGAAUCAACAGAGAAGGAAUCAAAAUAAGAAACCAAAUCAAAAUAAGAGACGGGUUCGGCUAGCCCCAGAACAAAAGAUCCUGGAGAAGAUGACUUCUGCAAAUAAAGACCCACCCAUGCAGCCAGUGACUGUAGAGCACAGGCCAGAGUCCUUAUAAUUAUCUACUGUGUAUCCAGAGGCCUGGCAUCUGAUAAAUGGCCAACCAUGCAAAGAAUGAAUCAUACCAACAGGAUACACUCAGGAUAAUGAUAAAAAUAAAAUCAAGUUAUGAAAAGUU